AUGAAGUUACAAUUAGCAUGGCUAAUCGGUAUCGCACAAGCGUUACCACUCGCAAUUCCCAAUGAUAUCCAAACAGUUUUCGAGUUGCAAGAUUUAGGCAAGCUCCCAGAGAUUGAUACUGUGAAGUUACAACUGCUCAUUACAGCAGAAGGCUUGAGAGAAAGAGCAAAUGCGUUGUACAACAUCUCGCUUUCUUCUGUUGGCGAGUACGGACACCCCACCAGAGUCAUUGGAUCUCCAGGACACCGUGGAACCGUGGAAUAUGUUAUCCUGGAGUUGAAGAGCUUAGGAUACGAAGUGGAGACUCAGGAAUUCGAGGCAUUGGACAGCCAUAUCGAAAGCUUUUCCUUGUUGAUUGACGGAACCAAACCAAAGUCGUUGAAUGCACUCGACUUGACUCCACCUACCGAUGGCUUGGCUCAUGGUAACUUGGUGUUGGCAAAGAACCUUGGAUGUUCUGAAGAUGACUAUGCCCACGUCAAGGGUGGGAUUGCAUUGAUCAAGAGAGGAGAAUGUGCAUUCGGCGUCAAGUCCAGCAAUGCAGGUAAGGCAGGUGCCAUUGGUGCUAUCAUUUACGACGAUGAGGAAUUAAGAGGAACUUUGGGAGACCCAACUGGUCACGAAGUCCCAACUGUUUCCGUGAAAGUAUCAGAUGUUGAGAAAUACAUUAAGGCCUUGACUGAAGAUCCAGCCAAGAAAAUUGAAGCUUCUUUGUUUGUGGACUCCUACAUCAAGGUCAUCAAGACCCUCAAUGUUGUUGCUGAAACCGUCGAAGGUGACCAUGACAACGUUGUUCUGUUGGGUGCCCAUUCCGAUUCCGUUGCUGCAGGUCCUGGUAUCAAUGAUGAUGGUUCAGGUACUAUUUCUUUGUUAGAAGUCGCUCGUCACUUGAAGAACUUCAAGGUCAACAAUGCUGUCAGAUUUGCCUGGUGGGCCGCCGAAGAGGAGGGAUUGUUGGGUUCCGAAUGGUAUGCCAACCACUUAUCCGAGGAAGAAAACAAGAAGCUUCGUCUUUUCAUGGAUUAUGACAUGAUGGCUUCUCCUAAUUAUGAAUACCAAAUCUACGAUGCCAACAAUGUGGACCAUCCGAACGGAUCAGGCGACUUGAGGGACUUAUACAUCGACUGGUACAAGGAAAAGGGCUUGAACUACACCUUCGUUCCAUUUGAUGGAAGAUCUGACUACGUGGGUUUUAUUGACAACGGAAUUCCUGCUGGAGGUAUUGCCACUGGUGCUGAGGGUGUUAAAACCGUGGAAGGUCAAGAAAAGUUUGGCGGUGAGGCUGGCAAAUGGUUUGACGAAUGUUACCAUCAACUUUGUGACGACUUGGAUAACGUGGACUACGAAGCAUGGGUCAUCAACACCCAAUUGAUUGCCCAUUCUGUUGCCACCUACGCCAAGGACUGGGGCACUUUCCCCAAGAGGGAGUUCGAAUCCGUGAAGGUUGAAUCUGAAAACUCGGAAGGAUCGAAAUUCCUUUACAGAGGAGCCAGCUUAAUUAUGUAA